AUGUCAUUUUACACAAAAUGUGGCCAUCCUGAACUCGCGAUGGAGGAGUUUGAAAAACUGAAAAAGACAGGAGGAGUAGAUAUUGGUUCAUGGAAUUGUUUACUCCAAGCAUAUAUUAGCGCUGGAAACAUUUCAACAGCUAUUCAAACCUUUACAACAAUGCAAGGAAACAACAUAUCACCAAAUGACAUUAAAUUUACAAUUUUACUGAAAGGAUGUGCAGAUAAUAGAUUAUAUGAGGAAGGAGUAGAAAUUCACCGAAUGAUUCCAGAUGUUAUUGAGAAUAUUACUACUGAGCUCGCAACAUCCAUCAUGAACUUUUACACAAAGUGUGGUAAACCAUAUGUGGCAGUUGAUUUAUACGAUGAGUUUUGUGAGGCAGGUCUAGUUAAUGUCGGAACCUGUACUGCUUUGAUACAGGCUUUUAUUGAGAUAGGUGAUGCUAAUGAAGCUUUUACAGUUUUUAACGAAAUGCUGAAGCAAAAUUUUCAACCCAAUAUUGUAACAUAUCUUGUUUUGUUACAAGCAUGUUCUAGAUUUGUAUCAACCGACAGUGGUAACCGAGUGAUAAAACACAUUCAAGAUAAUGGGUUGUACAAUAAUGAAAUAAUACAAUCUUCGAUAGCUCUUUAUUUUUCAAAAAUUGGAGAGUUAGAAGCAUCCAAACAGAUUUUUGAUGAAUUGUUGAAAUAUGAAAAAGCUCUUUCAAUUGAAACAUGCAAUAACAUCCUUUCUGUUUUCGCACAUCAUGGUGAGGGAUCUGAAGCAUUCAAUUUUUACAUUUCAUUCAUAGAAAAGAAUAUUGAACCUACAGAAAAAACUUUCACAAUUCUGCUGAAUGCUCUUUCUCAUUCUGGAAUGGUAGAGCAUGUAUAUUCAGUAUUUUCCUCAAUUAAGCAUCCAUCCAUACAUAAUAAAUGUGCUAUGGUAGAUGCAUUGGCACGAAAAGGACUGUUAGAACAGGCAGAAAGUGUAAUUGAUCAUGAUGAUAGUUAUAUACUUUGGAAUACUUUAAUGUGUGGUUGUAGAAAAUUCAAUAACCUAGAGCUAGGAGAAAGAGUAUUCAAAAUAAUGAUAUCCAUCGAUGAAUUGGAACCUUCUGCCUAUUUAUUAUCACAUAUUUACAUGAACUAUGGACUUGUUGAAAAGGCAAAUAAAAUUAGAGAGCUAAUGAAAGAAAAGGGUAUUCAGGUAAUGCCCGGCAUUGUGUAUCACGAAGAAAAUGGAAUAACCUACAAAUUUGUAUCUGGCAAUGAUAAUUUUGACAGAUUCAAUGAGGUUGAGCAAAUGAGAGAUGAAAUUUUCAGAAAAAUCAUCAAAGCAGGUUAUGUGCCAGAUGUAAGAUGGGUACCAAAUACAGAGUUUAAGACUAAAGACGAAAGAGUUAAAGCCCUGUUAAGGCAUUCAGAAAAAACAGCAAUUGCUCAUGCUUUUGUGUUGAAUAAGGAUCGCAAGAAAAUAUUAUUAACCACAAACCUGAGGGUUUGCAAUGAUUGUCAUUCAGCAACAGCAUUUAUUUCUAAAGUGAUGGAUUGCGAAAUUAUUGUCAGGGAUGCCAAGAGAUUUCAUCAUUUUAAGAAUGGAAUUUGUAGCUGUAAUAACUAUUGGUAA